AUGGCUGUCAAAAACGUCAACGUAUUCAUCAGCACCUUUGCUGGGUUGGGCCUACCAUCGACACUGGUACUGCCUGUUUCCUCGACGACGACCCUAUGCGACUUGCGACAACAGCUUGACGAGCGACUGCCCGCCACAGAUAACCGCCUUAUCCUGACGACCGUCUCCAACAAAGAGCUGUCAGCUUCGUCUACCAAACCAGUGUCUGAUCUUCUGUCAUCCAUCGAUGAUGACUUUGUUUCUUUGCGACUUUCAGUACCGCUUUGCGGUGGCAAGGGUGGUUUUGGGUCCCAGCUUCGAGCCGCUGGUGGUCGCAUGUCCUCAAAGAAGAAGCGAAAUCAGGGAGAUGCCAACAACUCAAGCCGAAACCUUGACGGUAGACGUCUGCGGACCGUCACCGAGGCCAAGGCUCUGGCGGAGUACCUCGCCAUCAAGCCAGAGAUGGAGAAGAAGGAGAAAGAGAAGCGUCGCGAAAGAUGGGAGCAGAUCGUUGAGCUUGCAGAGAAACGCGAGGACGAGAUCAAGAACGGCAGCAAGGGUCGCCUCGACGGAAAGUGGGUUGAGGACAAAGAAGAGUCUAACGAGAGAACCCGCGAAGCGGUACUUGCUGCCAUGAAAGCCGGGAAGUAUAAGGACAAUCUUCUCGGUACUUCGCAAGGAUCGACAGGAUCAGAGGAGACGGAGGAGGAAAUGAGUGAGGAUGAGGGUGAUGAGGAAGUUGGCAGUUCGAAAGAGUCAACACCGCCAUCGGAACCGGCAAAGGCGCCCAAGGAUAAGCCGAGAACGUUCUUUGGAUUCGAUGAGGACGAUGAGUUUAUGAGUUCUGAUGAGGAUGAAGUCAAGAGCAAGAAGAAGUGA